AUGAGAACUUUAUUCUGCAUAUCUCUUGGUCUUUUAUUCAAUGUGAAUGGAGAUUACUUGAAGUAUUUGCGACAAGUAAUGGAUUCGAGUGAUGGAGGAAAUGGGACGACAACAACAUCAGCUACAACCAGUCAAACCACAACACAAGGAUGUACGCAACCUAUCUGGACUGAUUGGGCAUCCUUCAUGUCAUGUGAUAAAGAUUGUGGUGCUUGCGGGACACAAAUAUUGAGAAGAUCUUGCAAUACAUCAGCUCAAGGAUGUUAUUGUCCUGGUGAAUCACAGAGAACAGUUCCCUGUAAUAUUGGUGCUUGUGGUUAUCCAUAUCCAGCUUGUUGUCCUCCAUCAACGCUGAUGUUCUUUCAGAAUACAUUUGCUUGUGGCCCACAGACACAGGAAAUUUUACAAGUUUAUACCAAUUCAUUGGCACUCGCGAACUCCACAAAUGGUUACAGCCCGCCACCGUCCUAUGUACAGACACCAGUAGUGAACCGAGGUACAGCAACUCCCGGUCCUCCACAAUCCAAUCCCGUUACGACAUCGAAUGCAUUGAUUGGC